GACGGCUCUGAUGCUCGCAGGCAAAGCCGGGGGCCGGCAGGCAGGAAGGAGACGCGCAGCCCGGCUGGACUCGGCGAUCGCAGCCCCAGCCCCCGCCGGGAGCCAGUCCGGGCUUCGCCCCGCCGCUGCCGCAUCGCUCCCGCCGCCGGCCCGGGCUCGGCAGCUGCCCCCCCCCCCGCCCCGGGGCUGCCUGGCUGCGCCGGGAACAAAGGGAAGUCGCCCCCCCGCCGCCCCUCCCAGCAUGAAGCUGCCUUGGCUGGCGCCGGGGCCCCGGGCGCUCGGGCGGCUCCUGCCGCUGCUGCUGCUGCUGGCCGGCCAGGCUGCGCUGGCACAGCGCUGGCGUAACGAAAACUACGAGAGGCCCGUGGACCUGGAAGGGUCAGGGGAUGACGACCCCUUUGCGGAUGAUGAAAGUGAUGACCUCUACUCGGGGUCUGGCUCGGGAUAUUUUGAGCAGGAGUCUGGGAUCGAGACGGCGGUGAGGCUCCGCACGGACACGGUCCCCACCACCCCAGCCGUGCUGCCCGUCACAUCCGUGCAGCCCGUGGCAACUCCCUUUGAAAUGCUGCCUGCAGAGGAAACCACCCCUGAGCAGGCGACCAGCGUCCUGUACAUCCCCAGGGUGACAGAGGCACCGGCGAUUCCCAGCUGGAAAGCAACUACCCCCAGUGCCACGGCCAGUGACACCCCGCCACCCGCAACGGCAGCUGCUGCCGCCAGCCCCACCGCUCCCACGGCCAAGCCAACAACCGUCCGGAGGAUCCUGCCUCCCUUCGUCACGACGACGGCCACAACGCGGGCCACCACCCUGGAAAUGCCGACCGCAGCUGUGACGGAAGCCAGCACGGUCACGGAGGCUGCCACGUCCCGGCUCGUCACCCCCAGCACUGCCAGGCCCAGAGCCGGCCCAAAGUCGAGCACCUCCAGGACCGUGGUCGUCACAGAGAAAAGCACGGUCUUGCUGCCGCCGGCUGUUACCUUGGCCCCCACAGACGCACCCCAGACCGAGCCGCUGGACGUGACCGUGUCCACGGCCCUCGACAACGAGCUGGAGGUUCCUGUCAGUGGAGGGCCCAGCGGGGACUUCGAAAUCCGUGAGGAGGAAGACACGACUCUGACGGAGCUCAAUAACGAAGUGAUCGCCGCGGUUACCCCGGCAGCAGGGCCGGGGCUGGGGAAGAAUGCAGAGCCCGGCCUCAUAGACAAUACGAUAGACUCUGGGAACUCGGCUGCCCAGCUCCCCCAGAAAAACAUCCUGGAGAGGAAAGAAGUGCUAAUAGCUGUCAUCGUGGGCGGCGUGGUCGGGGCGCUCUUUGCUGCCUUUCUGGUCAUGCUGCUCAUCUACCGGAUGAAGAAGAAGGACGAAGGGAGCUACACACUGGAGGAGCCAAAGCAGGCGAACGUCACAUACCAAAAGCCCGACAAGCAGGAGGAGUUCUAUGCAUAAAAAGAGCCCAGAGUGCCUCUCUCUCCGUUUCACUCGAUUUCUGGUUCAACCUCCCUCUGCCCCCACCCUCCCCCAUCCAAUCUCUCUCUCGCGCUCUCUUUCUGAUGGGACUGUGAGUUGAACAAACAAACAAACACUAUAAUAAAAAGAAAAAAAAAACAUCUUCAGUUUAAACAUAUACAAAUAAAGUGUCACCGAUUUAACACGAAUACCGUAACCUUUCUCCAGCGGACACAGCGUUUGCAGGGGACAGCAAGUGUGAGGAGCGAACGGGCAGCCAACUUUCAGUGCCUAUGCGAACACUCCUCAGACGAGAGCAUGCUUGGGUGGUCAUUUUCCUGAUGAUGGUUGGAGUUUCCUGGGUUUACCAAACAACACGACUGACUCUGAGAUCUGAACACCUGUUACCAGAAUUGGGGUAGGGGUGGGAAUUUGGGGAGAGGGAGGGGUUUCUUUCUUUUUGUGGGGUUGCGGGUUUGGUUUCUUACUGGGAAUCGCUGCUCCAUGGCUCUAUUUGGAAAGAGGAUGCGACUGUCAAAUACAAUGUCAAGCCUUGAAAAAGCACAAUGAGAUGAAACAGCGAAUGCUGCGGUUUGCUCUCGGAAUGAAAAAUGGCCAGUGGGCUGGAGAGGAGCUUUUAGAUCACCUCCUCAGAGAGUUCACAUAGCUGCAGGGAGCCCCAUUUUACAGUUGUGUGGGGUUCCCUUCCUCACACCGCUUCACUUCAUUGCAUUGCUGUGCACAGCCAGAGACCUUAAGUGUAUAGGAACCAUGUUUUGUGGGCUGGCAAGGGGCUUGGUUGAAAGGGACCUUGCUUUUGCUGGGUUUUCACUGUGACGAAUAAAACUCAGCUAGCGCAGUAUUCCCGCUCUUUGCAAACAACCAGCGCUGAUGGUUUUAAGGGAAACAGGAUAAUGGGGGCAGGGGCGAUUGACAAGAACAACAACAAAAGGCUAUAAGAGGUCUUCUGUGUUCCUUUGAAUGUGAUAAUAUUUCACAGACCUCAUCAAGCCGCGCUUUGCAGCCGUUCUCCUCAGAUGUUGUUUGGUGAUAGCUCAUGUCAAAUUGCAGAUACCGCAGGAAAUUAAAAAAAUAAAGGCGACAACGGUAGGUAUUCAAGGGUCACUGUCAGGUCAGCUUAGCUCCAUGAUGUAUCAUUUAUUAAAUCCAAGAUUGAUAUGUUUCCAUUAUUUCUUUUAGUUUUUAUUUUUAAAACUCCAGUCUAAACUUUACAGCUAGGACCCGAUUGACUUCCAAUGGGCUUUGGGUCAGCUUUGCAUGGGAGCCCAAAAGGGAAACCAACUAGAAGCAACCGUCAAACUGACUAAUGUGUUUUGAAUCAUCUGAGGUGCGUUGAAGCUGGAAAGGACAUAAGUGGCACGAGGGACUGGGCCCUUAGGGUGGAACAUUCAGUGAGAAAUUUGAAUUGGCCGGCUUUAAUAAUCAAAAGGGCUGUUCAUGAUACAGUUAAGGAAACUGGGUUUUUAAAAAGAUGAUUUGGAUCUGGACCAUGUUCCUUUGGGGCCCUGACUUUGCUAUUGUAUUUAAUUAAAAAUAAUAAUAAAAAAAGCAGCCAACAUC